GUAACGCGCAAAUUGUUCGGCCAAUAUAGUAUAAAAAAAUUUGGCUUUUUAAAUAGUUUUGCGGGCGCGAAAUUGGGCUUUAAUAAGCUUUUUAAAAAGUUUCGGUAUCUUUUGGGCCAUUUUUUAAAACCAUUCGAAAAGUUUAACGCAAGUUUUAUUAUUAAUUACGUUUUUGCAAUAAAUACAUUUGGAAAACCCCGUACAGUUAUUAAAGCAUAUUGGUAUACGGGGGUUAACGGCAUAAUUUUAAUAUGCUUAAUAACCAAAAUAACGGUUAUAAAAUACCGUACGUUCCGUAUAAUUAUCCUUAAAAAAGGGCAAAUAAAUAAGGUUUUAAUUAUUGCUUUAUUAAAAAUUAAUAACUUUUCGCGACGGGAGCGCGUUACAAAUAUUUAUAUAAAGCAAAAAAAAAGCAGUAUUCGUUUUGGGGGCAAAUUUAUUGGAAUUAAAAGCGUUGCGGCGGCGUUCGUUGCGCGCUUUACGCUUUUUUUCGGCGAAAGUUUUUUUGCCGCGGCGGUUAAAACCCGCCGGGGGGUUACCGGCAAAACGUUUGCGGAAGUUUUAAAAAGUUGCAAACGCAAAAAGGCCCGAUAA